UUUUGAUUCUAAAUAUCAAGCCUCAGUAUGUUGGUAAAAUCAAGAACAGGAUCAGUGCUGGGACUGAACUUCGGCCUUAGAAGAUGACGUCAAGCGAUUGCAUGAAAAUGGAAGAAAGAGAACAAAGAUGAGAAAAAGAUCGAGAAAAUGUCAGGGUCUGAAAUGGUCCUUUAUGUGCAAACAGUUUGUUUCACACUCUUGUCAUAUAUCAUCGUUUCAGCUAAUUUGCUAGCAGGAACCACAUUCAAUUUCUGGACCUUCAAAGGAAAAUAAAUCUUGCUAGCAUAGCAUGAAGCGCUAAUGAAAAUCUGAUGGCGUAGGAUUCCAUCCAGUCUUUUCAUCACUCUGUGCUAGCAUAGCACUCAUUGCACUGUGCUGACAUGUCAGGGAUGGACAACACUGAUGAAUUAUUUUCAAUCAGUAAUAUGAAACAGCAUGUAGAGUUAUGCAAAGUGCACUUCAAUCCUUCCUCUGGAGUGACAGAUACUUCUCCUCUCUCUCUCUCUCUCUCUCUCUCUCUCUCUCUUUAGUUUUAGAUCUUCUAUGACUUAUGAGAUGCGUAUGCCCUCGAGCCAUGCAACAUCCGAGUGACGGCAUUCCCUGCAGUCGGAGCUGUACCUCCAUGUUAUGGUCCUUCUCUGUAAGUCAAGGACUUCACCUUCAUGUUUCAGACCAGGCGAGAGGCUCGAAUCCCAAAGCGCUGAGGAAAUAUGACUUCAGAUUGCUGACUCCUUCCACUGUAGGCACUUUUCACAGAAGAGGCCUUGCAGGGUCAGGAAUGCCGUCCUCAGUUACUCAGAAGAAUGGGUCACUCAUGGCAUGUGGAAAGAGGUGUGUUCUGUCCCUGAGACCUGAGCGCUGUGGCAAUAAAGCUGAAAAUGAGAAAUCCAAAGAAGCUGAAGAGAACGAGAGAGAAGAGAGCACCGCUAACAGAAUCGUGGAUGAACACAGGAGAGCAGGCGAGGAGAAAAAGAGAGCACAGAGCGGUGUAGUGAGGACGAGAGUGAUGGUGACGUCGGACGCUCGACCCUCCACUGCUCCGGCACACACUCUGGCAGGACGGAGUGACGUUAAUCCGCUCUCACCAGGAACUCCAGGUUACAGGAUGGUGUGGAGAACCAGUGAAAAUGGACACCAUGACACUCUGGAUUGCACCUCGACUGGAACUCCUGUUCUUCACCUCUAUCUGCCCAACUACCACACUGACACCAGGAAAGAAAUGGACGAGGUGUUGGACGUCGAGGCAGACAGACAGGAUGCUGACACGGAUCGAAAAAACAGGGAGAUUCAAAUUCAAGAACAGCUUGAUGUGUGGAAUGAUGGAAAUAGAAACUGUGACGUUACUGGAGGAAACAGACCACCUGAUGACGUGGAAGACGUCAUUACAGUGGAGACAAGAAGUGAGCAAAAUCAUAAGAUGGAAGAAGAUGACAAAGAUGGAGAAAGACAACGAGGCAGCCGGAAUGAGCGUAUUGAAAAAGAAGAGAAUGAACAACACGGUGUAAGAGAGAAUAGUUGUGACAUCAGCCAGGAACCGAGCGAGGAACGUAGCUCCGUAGAAGAAGAGGGACGUUCUGGAAAGUCAGAUGAUACACCUCAACCCACGGCAGCAGCACAUCAGCAUGUUUUAGAGGAAAGACAGAAAACAGCAGCUACAAAGCUAAAAUCUGGAGCUGCUCAUGUCAGAAACUCAGAAACCAAGAUGACGAGGAGGCUGACUCUCCCAGCGCCGGCUUUAUCGUUCCCCGGCCCACCCGCACGCACACACUCUUCACCCUCGCCAUGUGUGCUGCCGUCGUUUUACGGCUCCUCGUUUGGCCAUCGCAUCAGAGCGCCUCAUACGCCCGAACGCCACGGGGCCAAAACACGGCCCACUGAAAUCGACUUUGACAAAAGAGCCAUAAAACCUGCGACUGAAAGACCCCCGAGCUUGGAGUGGAGAGGAAGUCGGCACGUCUCGAAAAUGGACUCCAGUGGAAUAACCGGUCCCCGCCCUAAAAUAACGAGCUCUGAGUGGUGGGGGUCUCUGUCUCGUAAAACCAAAACCACCAAGACGUUCGUGUGGGGGCCUCGGGGGCCUCAGGAGACCAAGAGUGUGUGUGAGCUGCACACUCGAACCAACAGGUGGAGGGGUUUGGACUGAUGCCGAGGUUUGGCUGAACACAGACCCACAAACAUGUUUGCGUUAUCCUUAUUGCCAUGUUCUGGUUUAUUAGUGUGUUUAUGGUAGCUGUGUUAAUUCAACAUUUAUGGUAGUUAAUUAAAAGUACAUUUGUCAUGCAUUAACAUUAAUAAUGAAUAGGUGUAGGGUUGCCAAGGUCGUGAUUUUUACACAUACAAAGCUGCAGGUGGAAAAGCCGUUUUUUGGGCUAGUUUAAAAAUGACAAAGAUCUUGUUUUAAAGCAAAUGUUUACAAAUAAAUCAAGUCAAAUCAAUCAAUAAAUCAAAUAAAUCACUCUCCACAAACAUAGGCUAUGACAAACAAAGGGAAAGUGUAAGAGCAAAGUGACAGCGUGUCGAUGAUGUCCAGAAGCAUUUCUGUGGCAAAGAUUAGGACAAGGAAAGGGAGAUUACGGAGUGGAUAAUGUCUGUACUAGUUAAUGAUUAAACUUCGUAUUGCUGAUAAUGCAAAUGAGAAAUGCGUGCGCACCACAGUGACCCUGUUUCACAUGCAAAAGGCUGAGAAAAAGAAGAAAAAUGUGUUUCCCUUUAACAACGGGUGAACUUUUUGGGUUACUUUCAGGUCUUUUGUGUGGUUUUUGAAAUUUUGCUGAGAUCUGGCAACCCUGAACAGGGUGUAAUAUUGGUGCACAUUGAUUCGUAAUGAAAAAUCGUUUCUGCGAGACUUGCGGCUAUAAGACAGAAAUCUUGCUGAUGGAGAGAGCUAAAGUUUUAUCUUCUAUGUUAUACGCUAAAUGUCAAUGUUAACAGUGAAAAUCCCGCAGGAGCGCUAGCUGAAAUUAACGUUGCAGAAAGCUGCCGUGAGCAAAUGAUUAAAAAAAGGUCAUUUAAGAGAAUUACACACUGCUAUAAUGAGGAAAUUAAACAGAAAGUACAAAGGGAUGUAGGAAUUUUGCAGAAGUCUUUUUUCCUAAAAUGAAUAUCAGCAGUAACAUUACUAACAGUUUAUACUGUAUGCUAUUAUAACAAGUAUGAAGAUUGAGAUCAAAUAAGUCGAUAUUUUUGU